AUGAAGUUCCUCCUACUCCUCAGUACACUGGCCGCUCUCGACACCAUCGGUGUGAUCGCUGGUCCAGUCGGUCAUGACACAGACAUCGUCCCUCGCGCCGCUGGUGACUUGAUGGUCGCUCCUCGCGCUGAAGCUGGGGGCAUCACUAUCGAUCUCGGCGAUCUCGGCGACUUGGCCUCCAAUGAUGACUCCGACAUGGUUAAAAGUGAUGGACAAUACCGUGGAUGCGAGUGCUCUUUGUGA